GUCCCCUCCCACGCCAAGCCCUGGGCAGAGCGACGCCUCGCACCAGCCUAAAGAGCCCAAACGAACAUUUGGGCACUAACGCUGCCCCUCCCCCGGCUGCGCUGUGCCAGGCCCCCGCCGUGCCGCCCACCAUGCCGGAACUCACCGCCAAAGUCACCAAGACGCUGAACAGAACCACGCCUGGGCUGCAGAUCUGGAGAAUCGAGAAAAUGGAGAUGGUGCCGGUGCCUCCCAAAAGCUACGGGAACUUCUACGAAGGGGACUGCUACGUGCUGCUGGCGACGCACAAGACCGGGAACAGCUUCAGAUACGACCUCCACUACUGGCUCGGCCGGGAGUCGUCGCAGGACGAGCAGGGGGCGGCUGCCAUCUACACCACGCAGCUGGACGAGCACCUGGGCGGGGUGGCCGUGCAGCACCGCGAGGCCCAGGGCAACGAGAGCAACGGCUUCAAGGGCCUCUUCAAACAGGGGCUCGUGUACGCAGGGGGCGGGCGGCGCGCCGGGAUGAAGCACGUGGAGACCAACACGUACAACGUGCAACGGCUGCUGCACGUGAAGGGCAAGAAGAACGUGGUGGCUGGAGAGGUGGAGAUGAGCUGGAACAGUUUCAACCAGGGGGACGUUUUCCUGCUGGACCUGGGCAAGCUCAUCAUCCAGUGGAACGGGCCGGAGAGCAACCGCGCCGAGCGGCUGAAGGCCAUGAACCUGGCCAAGGACAUCCGGGACCGCGAGCGGGGGGGACGUGCCCAGGUGGCUGUGGUAGAUGGCGAGGACGAGGCGACCACCCCGGGGCUGAUGAAGAUUCUCACCCAUGUGCUGGGGGACCGGAGGGAGAUCAAGCCGGCCAUUCCCGACACCGUGGUGGACCAGAAGCUGAAAACCCUUCUCAAGCUCUACCAUGUCUCCGAUGCUGACGGGAACCUGGUGAUCCAAGAGGUCGCCACUCGCCCCCUGACCCAAGACCUGCUGCAGCACGAGGACUGCUACAUUCUCGACCAGGGCGGCCUGACCAUCUACGUCUGGAAAGGCAGGAAGUCCACCAAGGAGGAGAAGCAGCAGGCCAUGAACAGAGCCCUGGGCUUCAUCAAAGCCAAGAACUACCCGCCCAGCACCCGCGUGCAGACCGAGAACGACGGGGCCGAGUCGGCCAUGUUCAAGCAGCUCUUCCAGAAAUGGACCGUCAGCAACCAGACUAGCGGCCUGGGCAAGACCCACAGCCUGGGCAAAGUGGCCAAAGUGGAGCAGGUGAAGUUCGACGCCACCACCCUGCACGCCAAGCCCGAGGUGGCCGCGCAGCAGAAGAUGGUGGACGACGGCUCCGGGGAGGUCGAGGUCUGGCGCAUUGAGGACCUGGAGCUGGCGCCGGUGGAGAAGCGCUGGCUGGGCCAUUUCUACGGCGGCGACUGUUACCUCAUCCUGUACACGUACCUCGUCAACAACAAGCAGCACUACAUCAUCUACAUCUGGCAGGGCCGCCACGCCAGCAAGGACGAGAUCACCGCCUCGGCCUACCAGGCCGUCACCCUGGACCAGCAGUACAACAACGCGGCCGUGCAGGUGCGGGUGCCGAUGGGCAAGGAGCCCGCCCACCUCAUGGCCAUCUUCAGGGGCAAGAUGGUGGUGUACGCGGGCGGCACCUCGCGGGCUGGCAACACGGAGCCGGUGCCGUCCACCCGCCUCUUCCACGUGCACGGCACCAACGAAUACAACACCAAGGCCUUCGAGGUGCCCCCGCGCGCCUCCUCCCUCAACUCCAACGACGUCUUCGUGCUGAAGACGCAGGCCUGCUGCUACCUCUGGUACGGGAAGGGCUGCAGCGGGGACGAGCGGGAGAUGGCGAAGUCCGUGGCUGACCUCAUCGCCAAAACCGAGAAGCUGGUGAUAGCCGAGGGCCAGGAGCCGGACAACUUCUGGGUGGCCCUGGGAGGGAAAUCCCAGUACGCCAACAGCAAGCGACUGCAGGAGGAGACCUUGUCGAUAACGCCCCGGCUCUUCGAGUGCUCCAACCAGACCGGCACCUUUGUGGCCACGGAGAUCACCGACUUUAACCAGGACGACCUGGAGGAUGACGACAUCUUCCUGCUGGACACCUGGGACCAGGUGUUCUUCUGGAUUGGGGAGUGCGCCAACGAGACGGAGAAGGCGGCGGCGGCCGUGAUGGCGCAGGAGUACCUGAAAACUCACCCCAGCAGGCGCGACCCCGACACGCCCAUCAUCGUGGUGAAACAAGGCUACGAGCCCCCGACUUUCACAGGCUGGUUCCUGGCCUGGGACCCCCUGAAGUGGAGCGACAAGAAAUCCUACGAGGAGCUGAAAGCUGAGCUGGGGGAGGACAGCGAGUUCAGCCAGCUGACGACUGAAAUCACAAGCCAAGACGUUUUCACUGCCAACACCACCUUCGGCUCGAGGACCUUCCAGACCUUCCCCCCGGAGUUGCUGGUGAACAAGGCCUUAGAUGAACUGCCCGAGGGAGUGGACCCCAGCAGGAAGGAGGAGCACCUGGCCAGUGACGAUUUCAACGCGGUCUUCGGCAUGGCCCGGCCCGCCUUCGCUGCACUGCCCCUGUGGAAGCAACAGAAGCUCAAGAAGGAAAAGGGCCUCUUCUAGGGCAGAGCAGCAGCAAGAUGCAGCCGGAGACGCAUCCAGUUCAGUAUUUUUACUAUGAAGAAAGUAAAAUUAAAGUUAAUUCAG